AUUUUACUUACUAUUAUAAUUACAUUUAAUUUAAUUUAUGAAUAUUAUUACUGUGUCAGCUUUUUAAGUUUCUUGCUAAUUUUAAAUGCCGCUAAUGUUUUGUGGACGAUGAUGUUAAGACAAUGUGCAACUUAUCAAUGGGGCUCAUGAGGCUUAAUUUAGGCCUCCCCCAUGCCCUGGUAGCUUGUAGAGAAUGCACAAGCUGAUGCACAAGGGCUUAAAGAAGAAGAAGAAAUCGAAGAAAGGAAAGAAAGGUGAGGAGGAAGAGUUCGACCCCGAGGAGCUCGAGCGUUACAGGCGAGAACGGGCGGAAGCCCUUGAAAAAGCUGCUGCCUCUGGCUCAUCAGCAGCCGGCUCUGACGAGUGGCAAAAAUUCCAAGCGCUAACUGCUGGCGUUGACUCUAUUCUCAAGAAAACCCAGGGUGACCUCGACCGCAUAAAAGAGACCUCUUUUUUCCAACGCAAAGCGCCGGUAGUUGAGGAAAAGAAGCCCGAAGUUGACCCGGAGGUUGAGAGGGAACGCGCCAAGCGUUUCAUUGGGUUCGACAAGGACGGGAAUCCCAUCGAACAGACCGAAAAAGAAGAGCCAAAAAAGAAGGAGAUAACCGUCACCGAGGAGGGUUUCGUUGAGAUACCUGACGACGACGAGGAAGAUGAGAUUUCAGCAGAGGAAGAUAUUUUCGAUACGACCUACAUCGAUGUUCUUCAAAACACCGAGAUCCAACUAGCUUACAUCCCCGACAGCCCGACCGAAGAAGAAGCCGGUGACGAUCCAUUUGAUACCACCAACGCCGAUAAAGUUCUCAAGACUGUCGACAAGCACGGUAAAAAAGUAGUCAGUCUUGGCAACGCCGUCGAAGUACUUUCCGGUCGCGUCGAACAAGCCAGUGCUUGUAAGAUCUCUCGACCUCGCAAAGUCAGAGUACAAAAUUUACUACUUGACGACGCAGAGCUCGAAACGGUCGCUUCCGAGUCCGGAGAAGCUACUACUGCAAGCGAACCUGUACAAGUUGAAAAAACUUUACUAGACGACGAUUCAGAUCUUCCAGAUAUACCUAUCGAUUUAACAAACUUAUCUUCUAUUUUACCAAGACCAGUCACACCUGACGUUAACCUCUCCGACGAGAACAACAAACUCUCAGAAGGUCCCAUUGAUAUCUCGGAGUUCGAGAUCUUGAGAGAGAAGACUAUUCUCGAAGAAAUACCUGAUUUAGAUGAUGAUUUUGAUCUUGACGGACCAGUUGAAGCUCCAGCUGGCUUGGUAGAAGACGACGAUCCUUUCGCGGAGAAAGAACCAGAGGGAGUCCUUGCAGAAGUUGAGAUUAUUGAAGCGAGCUUCGAAGUCGCUACAUUCGUAAACGAGGAAGAUCCUUUUGAUACAACUUUUGCUGAUAAUUUGGUACCUGGAAAAACAGAGCUCAGGUUUAUUGAGAAGGAACUUGACGAGUUACCUGAUUCAGAGGUCACUAUCUCCUUGACAGACCCUGCAGGUCUGAAACGUGACUACGAAACUGGAUUGCUGAGCCAAAAAACAGAGAAAACUGAUCUGCUAGGUGGUUCUUCCACGGAUUUGACCCAGCUUUCUGAUCGACCAAUCACCCCGGCUGGAGAAUUGACUUACGUAGAUCCUUUCGAUACUUCAGGAAUCCAAGAGCCAGUUCCUGGACAAGGUGAGUUGAAGUUCCUGGAAAAAGAGCUUCUGGGAGACAAAAAGGCUGAUAGUCUUGAAGACGACGAUUUUGAUCCUCGAAAAGAAGAGGUAGUUGUCAAAAAAGCAGCUCCUCCUCGUCCACCUCCGGUUAAUUCUAAGGUUAACGUUAAAGUUGAGUUUGAAGCUGAAGAAGCGGCUGCUAUUGCUGCGAACCAGCUGCGAAAGCCUUCAAGGCCAGAAGUACUAGGCUUAGCUCCGGUUAAAAGCGUUUCUUUCGAGCUACCUACUCCCUCUCAACGCCCGGACUUGUUGAUCACAAGCGACGAAGAAAAAUCAAUACAUUCUAAGCCUCUGACGCCUUACUAUUCUCAGAAGUCUAUUGACGAGGCAGCCGAGGACAAUUUGCCCGAAGACGAGGUCAAUGCAGAUCCGUUUGACACGAGCUUUGUCGCGAAAGUAACCCCUGGAAAAACAGAACUCAAGUUAAUAGAGUCAGAAUUAUUGAAAGAAACUAAGUUAACUCACAGCACCAGCGAACACGACUUUAAUCCUCGGGAACCAGUCAAGAAUACCAGAAGACAGAGCGACUUUGGUGGAACUUCUGUGAGACCUAAGAGUCUUAAAUUUGGAGAAGCUACCGAGUCACUGUUGGAAGACGACUCCGAAACUAAAAGUGUGUAUGAAAUAAACGAAGCAGUUCACAGGAAAAAAGCUGACCCGCCUAAACGGCAGGAAAGUUUGUUGGACGCAGAAGUUGACGUUAAUAUAAAAGCUCUUACUCCGACUAUCGAGACCAGGGUUUCUGAAGAAGAGGAAGAAGAGAUAUCCUAUGUUGAUCCUUUUGACACCUCGAUAGCAAGUAACAUUUUGCCGGGGAAAGCCGAGUUGAAGUUACUCGAAAGUGAGCUCAGCAAAAUUCCAAAUCAGGUUCAGCCUAUUAGAAUAAAUCCGAUCAGUGCGGAUAAACUUUCGCGGCCGCCAAAACCACCUGUCAUUGAAGAGGACCAAGAUUUUGAUCCAAGGGCUGGAGAAGCGGCCCAAGAUUUCUUGUCCUCUGACAUUCAAGACUCCGGGGAUAAAGUUCUUACUCCUGUGCUGAGCCAAGAUUUUGACGACGACACUGUUGAUCCAUUUGACACCAGUUUCGCUAGUAUUGGACCUGGAAAAACAGAACUUAAACUUUUAGAAUCUGAAUUAGUUGAUAAAAAAAAAAAAACAAAAAUGGAUUCCAAAGGUGGUAAUCCAUUUUUGAUGGAUGAUUAUCCAUCAGAACCGGUAUCGCAGCAGUCGAAUCCAUUCCUCCAAGACUUUGGCGCCGAGCCUGAGGCACCGGUGAGCAAUGACAAUCCGUUUUUCAACUUUACCGCUGAAGAAAACUACCAACCUCCACCAGCUGACUCUACAAACCCGUUUGCAUUCUUUGAAGCACCUACAGAGGCUCAGCCCCAAGAGUUUGUACCAGCGACAACCGCUGCUGAGGUUCAAGAAGCGAAUUUUCUGGGUACAGACACUCAAAUAAACUUAUUCACAGACCACGUUCAACCGGAAGAGGAGGUAGAUUUUAUUUCGCAAAACGAAAAGGUCAAAGUUGAAUCGAGCAAUGAAAAGCCUACGCCAAAACGCCCACCACCGCCACCCAGACCCGUUCCACCCCCCGCACCACCUAGAAACACUAAAGAUUUAAUACUCUCGGUUACUGGCGCAAUGGACGCGACUUCAAAUCAUUUGUUGGACCGCCUCCAAGCUACUCGAACACCCAGUCCCACGCUGAUGCACUCGCCAUCGCCAACGCCCGAACACAGCUAUGCAGAUUUACUGGAUGUUGAUAACAAUAUUCCAGAUUUGAUGUCCGAUGAUAAUCAAUCAGCAGCCACUGGUCAAACGGAAAACAUCCUUGAUAUAUUUGAUGCUCCCCAAACUGAAAUGACCGCUGACUCCAUGUUCUCGGCACCUAGUAUGGACACCAGUGUCAGUCAACCUGCUACUGAUGUUUCUUCUUUUGGUGCCACAAUGGAUAAUCCGUUUGGCAUGGUUAAUGAACCCGUUGUCAACGUGAUGUCUUCUUAUGGGUCUGAAGCUGUUCCUGAAGAAACUCUACAAGAAAAAAGACCAUCAGUUGACGUUUCUACGCCAUUUGCAGACAUAACUUCACCAGAAGCAGUAGAUGCUCCUGAUGCAUCGGCAAUUAAUCAACCUGAGUCGAAUUUCUUCUCCGUAGAUCAAUCUACAGUAUCAGAAAUGACCUCCGCACCUUUUUCUUCAGUUCAGUCUGGUUUAUUCAGUGCAGAACCGCUUUUCACAACAGCACCAAGCAAAGAAACUACUCAACAAGUGCCAACAAGUGCUGCGACAAAUAUCUUCGCGUCAGGUUUGCUCGAGGAUUAUGGUCAACAGCCUGAGAGUGUGGGUGAACUGAUAUCUUCUAGUCCAACACCAGCAUCCGAGUUUCCCAAUAGUGCUUACAAGCCAGAAGAACUGGAUAACUUUGCAGCGGCAACUGAGUCCAUUCGGAACACUUCUGACGCAUUUGAUGCAUUUGCCAGUAAAUUCGACAAAGCUGCUGAACCAGAAGCUGGAGACCCGUUCAUGGACGCUUUUGGGUCUGGACAAACUGCCAUGGAUACGUCCAGCGAUGUCUGGGGUGACUCUUCAGCAGCUGGUUCUGACGGAGCUAAUAUUGGAUUUGGUGAAAGUGAAGGAUUUGAUUCUUUUCUCAGCAUGACGGCUCCUCCUCAGGAACCUGGGAGGAUGAAACGGAACGACUCCGCGGAUUCUGAUGAAGCUCCUGAUUUCAGUGUCUUUAUCAAGCCAAAAGAAGGCACUGAAGCCUUCAACGAGGGCGGUCCUGUGCCUGUUUUGGCUCCACCACCAAAGAGUCCGAUAAAUUCAGCUUACAAUGACUCAUCGCCAAGGUUCAAUCCGUUUGACAAGUCAGCUGGGUUUGCACAGGAGGCUGUUAUUCCUUCGGAGAUGCCCCAGGUUCCUGAGAUGACUAGAACGGAUUCUCAAGAAACUCCACCGACGCCAUUGUUCGAUGAAGAUGUCAGCCAACCACUUGAAGAGUUUCCUCGAGUCACGUACACAGGAGAUGGUUGGGAAAUGCACUUACGUCAACCGAAUAAAAAGAAGAUAACAGGACAAAGAUUCUGGAAAAAAAUAUUUGUAAGGUUAGUUUACCAAGGCGAUGCUCCGGUUCUUCAGUUAUUUAAUAAAAACGACGAUAAAGAUCCAUUUCAAGAACUGCCGCUCCUAACAUGUUAUUCAGUGUCUGACAUAGCAGCCCAGCAAUUCGAUCAAUACGGAAAAAUAUUUACAGUUAAGCUUCAGUAUAUAUUUUAUAAAGAGCGCCCGGGGGUUAGGCCAGGACAAGUUACAAAAGCUGAGCGACUUACCAACAAAUUGAGCCAGUUCGCGGCUUAUGCAAUUCAGGGUGACUAUCAAGGUGUUAAAGAAUUCGGUAGUGACUUGAAGAAACUAGGUCUUCCCGUGGAACAUGCGCCCCAAAUUUCGCAGCUUUUUAAAUUGGGCUCGCUUAAUUAUGAAGAUCUUAAAACAUUUUCCUGUGCAAUUGAAGAAGCUCUCUUCAGGAUACCAGCACAGCGAGAGCGUGCGCUGACCUACAAGAUGGAGGAAGUCCAGAUUAAUGUCGUAGACGAACUUUAUGUCGAGCAGAGCGCCUCCGGGCAUGUAGACAAACAAAUAGCAAGGGUUAGGUUGUUUUUCCUGGGUUUUCUCACCGGGAUGCCGGAUGUCGAACUGGGCAUCAAUGAUAUGUGGCGCCAAGGCAAAGAAGUUGUCGGCAGACACGACAUCAUCCCAGUGGUGACUGAAGAAUGGAUCAGGCUGGAGAGCGUUGAGUACCAUUCCUGUGUUCAGCUAGACGAGUAUGAGAAGUCUAGAAUUAUUAAGUUCAAACCACCUGAUGCAUGCUAUAUUGAACUAAUGAGAUUCCGGGUAAGGCCACCGAAGAAUCGAGAGCUGCCGCUUCAGCUAAAAGCUGUAAUGUGUGUUACAGGAAAUAAGGUUGAAUUGCGUGCUGAUAUUCUGGUUCCUGGAUUCGCAUCGCGAAAACUUGGACAAAUACCUUGCGAAGACGUGAUGGUCCGAUUCCCGAUUCCCGAGUGCUGGAUUUAUUUGUUCCGAGUGGAGAAACAUUUUCGAUAUGGCUCAGUAAAGUCUGCUCACAGAAGAACGGGCAAAAUAAAAGGCAUUGAGAGAUUUUUAGGUGCUGUUGAUACUCUGGAGCCGCAAUUGAUGGAAGUAACAUCUGGACAAGCUAAAUAUGAGCAUCAGCAUCGUGCUAUUGUUUGGAGAAUGCCUCGCUUACCUAAAGAAGGACAAGGUGCAUACACGACUCAUGGACUUGUUUGUCGCAUGUGCUUGACAUCUUAUGAUCAGAUACCUGAAAAGUUGACCGAGUAUGCGUAUGUUGAAUUUACAAUGCCAGCUACUCAAGUCUCACACACAACAGCAAGAAGUGUCAGCUUGCAGAAUAGUGACAGUGAUAAUCCACCAGAAAAAUACGUGAGAAAUCUCUCGCGACAUGAAUACAGAGUUGGAAUUGAGCACACACAAGGGGAAGGACCCGGUGCUUACGUAUCAGCAACCAAGAAAAUUCCAGAAAGUACUCCAGAGACUCAUGAAGAACCUUCACCUCAGCCAGUAGCAGCUGAGUCAGAUUCUGAUUCUUCAGAAUAAAUUUAAUCUUAAGUAAUGAUAGGUACAAUAUAACAAAAUAAAUUAUAUACAAAUAUAUAAAUAUAUACAUAUAUAAAUAUGAAUACGAUGAUAAAUGGUUGAGAAUAAGGUAGAAGAUUAGAAUAAAAAUGUUAUAAUUUUUCCUUGCCAGUUUAAACGCUUGAUAAAGUACCAUCAAGCCUCUAAGUACCAAAUGCACACACUUAAAAUAAAUAAUAAAGUUAUAACUAUUGUAAUUAAAAAAAAUAAUUAUGAGAAUGACUAGUCGGUAAAAAAAGACAAUACACACAGCUUUUUAUGUUUAUUUAAAAAAAAUAAUUUGUUACUUUUCAAGUAUGUAAUUUUAAUUACAAUUCAUAUUCAUAAAAGCUCAUUGCUAGUAAUUUUAAGGAAUUGAUUUAAAUUUAAUUUAAGAUAAUUUAUUAUAAAUUUAAUUCGCCCGCAAUUAUUCUAAUUUUUUGCGAUAAUAUAGUAACUGGUGCAAUUAAAAGUAUUAUAUUUAUUUAUAGUUGAUGAUAGCAGAUGUUGAUAUCACUAAAUCAUAUCUUUGCUUUAAAUCAUUAAAAUUAUACAUAUAAAUUGUUAUUUAAUCAAUUAAAGGACGUGUUGUUGGUAUUGCGUAUUGAUGAAGGAUUGAAUUGCUAGUCAUAAUGAUUAUUUAAUAGUCACUUAAUUUUAAGAUAUAUAUACAUAAAUUAAAUAUAAUUAAUUAAGUAGAUUAUAAACUAACUAAUUAUAAGAAUAGAUUAAGUUUCAUUUUUUACUAUUAUUUGACACAUGUCACGUUAUGAAAAUUCUUGAAAGAACCCCAGCUAAGACCAAAGAUGACAAAAUAAGGAUGCAUUGUGUAUUACAAUUAUACAUAAUGUAAUUAUAUUAUAGCUAUAUUAUUGCAUUAAUUUGGUGCUAUUUUAGCUACCAAAUCCAUUGUUGUUAAUUAUUAUAAAUUAUAAUAUACAUAAAAUAUCAAAGUAUUAUAUAUUAAAUACAUAUUUAAGGUAUUUAUAAAAUAGUUAUAUUAAUAAUUAAGCUAUGAUUAAGUAGAAUAUAAGUUUCAUUUCAAUUAUUUAUUAUUUAAACACUUUUAUGUCCUCAAUGAGGUCUUGGAGAGUGAACUCUAGUCAACCGGCACGCUAAUUAAUGUUAAUUAAUAUAUAAGAAUGUAUAGUCAUAAUAUUAAUAUUUAUUUAUAGUCUUAAUACAAAUAAUUUGUUAAAAAAUAAUUAAUAGUUUUAAAAUGAUUAUGGAUGUGAGCUUUUAUGUAAAAAUGAAAAAUGAAGUACUUGAGAAGUAACAUUACUUAUAACUGAGUUUAAAUAAAUGAGCGAUUUAUUUAAAGGGUAUAAUGCUUGUUAAAUAAUAAAAAUAUAAAGAUUUUUGAAACUCGUUGCCAUGACGGUGACGUUUCCAGCUCGUGAUCUCAAUAUGUAAUCGUACGUGAGAACAAAAACCGCGUUGUAUAGUUAAGAUAAAUUUAUCCAACGUAAAUUGCAUGAAUAGAAUUAUUUAUUAGCGUAAAUAUUAUAAAUAAUUUUAAUUGAUAUUUGAAUGAGUAUCAAGUAUAAAAUAACAAUUGAACACAACAAUCGAAGAUAAUUAUAAAUAAUGCAAGGAAGUUUAAACCUUGCUGCAAUAUAAAGGUGUUUUUAAUGUCUUCUGAUUAAAAUCAUACGUGUAUAUUCAAAUAUAUUAAAUUGUAAUUCUGAUAAUGAAGAUGAUAAUUAUAAUGAUGAUUAUUCAGAUCUUUCGAGUCUACCGAUUGUUGUUAUUCAUGUUAGACAUCGACGUAAUAUAUAAUUGCAAUAAUGAUAAAAAAAAUAUAUCAUAAUAUAUUUUCUUUGAUGUAAUAAAUUAAAAUUAAAAUAUUCAAAUUAAAUAUACACUGAAAAUAAUAAAAGUAUAUGUAUAAAAUAAAUAUUAUCUGCGUAAUAAUAGUAUCUAUCAUCGGAAAAAUAAACGAAUCCAACGGUGAAGUUUCAAUAACAAAAGUUACCACACGUAGCUCUUGUAUGAAUGUUUAAAAAAAUCAAUUGUAUUAAUUAAUUAAUUAAUUGAUUAAUUGAUAAGGUUUUUUUAUUAUUUUGACAUUUAAAAAGCCAGUUUCCGGGUAUAUAUGACAAUGGUUUUUAGACAAUAGAGUAAAUAAAAUCUCCAAUUUAUUUUCAAGAUUAACGAUUGUGUUCUGAAGUCAUUAGUAAUUACUAAUUAAUAAUAAAUAAUAUGAUAUAAAUAAUAAAAUAAAACACACACGUGUGAAAUAACUGUAAACAAGUAAAUAAAUAAUAAUAAAUUGUUAAAAUAAAAAAAAAAUAUAAAUAAAAUAGUAGGGUGUGAUGUAUAACGAUGUGCAAAAGACGUACCAAUUAUUUGUUGUAUAUUUAUUUUUUGUGAAGAAUUUAAAUCUGAAUAAAGAAUGAGUUUGAAAGUGUUUUCAAGUUUAAAUUCUGUUUGGCUUGUGACAGAGACGUGUACUUAUAAACAAUAUGAACUUGUUUAAGCAAUUAA